CAAGAACCCUUGGACACUCAGAAUCAAAGGGGAAAAGGCGUCUUCAUAAACGCCUCCCAAACUUUUCAUUCCUUCAAUUCCAUUUCAUUUCUAAGCACCAAAAUGAGAGAGUGCAUUUCAAUCCACAUCGGCCAGGCCGGUAUCCAGGUCGGAAACGCCUGCUGGGAACUCUAUUGUCUCGAACACGGCAUUCAGCCCAAUGGACAGAUGCCCAGUGACAAAACCGUUGGCGGAGGAGAUGACGCCUUCAACACGUUCUUCAGCGAGACGGGCGCCGGAAAGCACGUCCCACGCGCCGUCUUCGUGGAUCUGGAGCCCACCGUGAUUGACGAAGUCCGCACCGGCGCCUACCGCCAGCUCUUCCACCCGGAGCAGCUCAUCAGCGGCAAGGAGGACGCCGCCAACAACUUCGCGCGCGGCCACUACACCAUCGGCAAGGAGAUCGUGGAUCUCUGCCUCGACAGGAUCCGAAAGCUGGCCGACAACUGCACCGGCCUCCAGGGCUUCCUCGUCUUCAACGCCGUGGGCGGCGGCACCGGUUCGGGCUUGGGCUCGCUCCUGCUGGAGCGUCUGUCCGUUGACUACGGGAAAAAGUCAAAGCUGGGGUUCACCGUUUACCCCUCCCCUCAGGUUUCGACCUCCGUGGUAGAACCCUACAACAGCGUCCUUUCAACUCAUUCCCUCCUGGAACACACCGACGUGGCGGUGCUUCUCGACAACGAAGCUAUUUACGACAUUUGCAGACGCUCCCUGGACAUCGAGCGCCCCACUUACACCAACCUCAAUCGCCUCGUUUCUCAGGUGAUUUCAUCCCUUACUGCCUCAUUGAGGUUUGAUGGAGCACUGAACGUUGACGUCACAGAGUUCCAAACCAACUUGGUUCCAUACCCGAGGAUCCAUUUCAUGCUUUCCUCGUACGCCCCUGUCAUCUCUGCUGAGAAAGCGUACCAUGAGCAGCUUUCUGUUGCUGAGAUUACCAACAGCGCCUUUGAACCAUCCUCCAUGAUGGCCAAGUGCGACCCACGGCACGGCAAGUACAUGGCGUGCUGUUUGAUGUAUCGCGGUGAUGUUGUUCCGAAGGAUGUGAAUGCUGCUGUGGCGACCAUUAAGACCAAGAGGACCAUACAGUUUGUGGAUUGGUGCCCCACCGGGUUCAAGUGUGGAAUCAACUAUCAGCCUCCCACUGUGGUUCCCGGAGGGGACCUUGCGAAGGUGCAGAGGGCUGUGUGCAUGAUCUCUAACUCCACCAGUGUCGCUGAUGUCUUCUCUAGGAUUGAUCAUAAGUUUGAUCUCAUGUAUGCCAAGAGGGCUUUCGUGCAUUGGUAUGUGGGUGAGGGUAUGGAAGAGGGUGAGUUCUCAGAGGCUCGUGAGGACCUUGCUGCUCUUGAGAAGGAUUAUGAGGAGGUUGGGGCCGAGUCUGGUGAAACAGAUGAUGUUGAAGGAGAUGAUGAUUAUUAGAUUCUCAUGUGUGUUUGCCUUUUCCCUUUCUUCCGGACUAUGUUUUACGUCUGCUUUUUAAAUGUUGCGUGUUCUUAUCAUUAUCAAUAUAUGUGCUUUCUAUAUAGUACACGAGUUUCUAGCGGCAUA